AAAAUGCGUUCCUUCAUCAUCUUCUCUACCCUUUUGGUCAUCCUUGUUCAAUGUGGAUACCCAGUUGCUGAGAAUAGCUAUCCAACUACACCAUCCUAUCCAACACCACCACCAUCCUACCCAACUCCGAAGAAGUAUCCAGUCGCUCCAACAUACCCAUCUACACCAUCCUACUCUGCUCCACCAGCUCAAUCUGCUUAUUCUUCAAGUGACAAUCAAGAAGAUACUGAAUCUGAAUCAGUUACUGGUGCUGCUUCAACAUCGGAGUAUCGCAAGCGCGCCAAGGCACGUACCGCGCACAAUCGGCAAUUCCAACGACGUGCUCUCCAGCCAAUCAAGAGAUUCCAACAGAAGAAGCAAUAGAUUUAGUAGUUUUAGUGCAAAUUGCACUGUGAUUUUUUAAAACUUGAACAAAUAAACAUUUCAUAAUUCAA